AUGUUUUCCAGUAGAGAACUGUUCAGGGUUUAUCAGCGGCUUCCCCCUUUACCACAGACGGUCUUCGCGGAAGUACAAAAACUUCUGCAUUCUCAGGCACCGCUGUGCGAUAAUUUCCAGCAUAAGAUCACUACUCACUAUAGCGUCGUCCCUCGAGAAGGUCAACCUCGAUGGAAAGGGGUCGAUAUGAAGAGGGAAUGCGACUCGUUUGACGUAGUCAUCGUUGGUGGUGGACCUGCCGGCUUUGCAACGGCCAUCAGGCUUCGUCAGCUAAGUGCACAGCAUAGCUACGAUCUGCGAGUCUGUUUGGUGGAGAAAGCUGCUGAAAUUGGAGGCCAUAUCUUGUCCGGUGCUGUCAUCAAGACGGAUGCGUUGGAUGAAUUAAUCCCUAAUUGGAAGGAUUUGAACACCCCAGUAUUCCAAAAGGUUACCAAAGAAAGGGUGUCCAUACUAACGAAGCGUGGACGGAUUCCUGUACCGAACAUGCCAGGGUCACCUUUGGAAAAUAGAGGCAACUACAUCGUCAGGCUCGGUAACUUUGUUCACUGGCUUUCCCAACAGGCCGAAGAAUUAGGUGUAGAAGUAUAUCCUGGUUUUGGUGCCUCGGAAGUACUGUUUGAUGCCGAUGGUAGCGUCAAAGGAAUUGCCACUAAUGACGUCGGUGUUGCAAAAGAUGGUUUUCCUAAGGAUACUUUUCAACGUGGUAUGGAGUUGCAUGCCAGCGUUACAGUUUUCGCGGAAGGGUGUCGGGGCAGUCUCGGUAAACAACUGAAAAUGGCUUUCAACUUGGAGAAAGAUUGCCACCCGAUGGUGUAUGGAAUUGGUUUGAAGGAGCUUUGGGAAAUUAGUCCAUCGCACCAUAUUCCGGGGUAUGUCGAACAUACUUUGGGUUGGCCUCUGCAUUAUCAGCAGUAUGGCGGUUCAUUUCUGUACGACAUGGAAGAUGCAGGACGUCCACUUUGCUCAAUAGGCAUGAUUAUUUCGCUGGACUACGAAAACACCUAUCUGAACCCGUACGAGGAGUUUCAACGGUUCAAAACUCACCCGUGGAUUCGCAAGCACCUUGAAGGAGGAACUCGCAUUGGCUACGGUGCGCGUGCGGUGAAUGAAGGCGGUUUUCAAUGUUUGCCCAAGCUGGUUUUCCCUGGUGGCUGUUUGGUCGGCUGUGAUGCCGGCUUCCUUAAUGCAGCGACGAUUAAAGGUGUCAACUACGCUAUGAAAAGCGGCAUGUUGGCGGCGGAAGCGAUCUUUGAUGGAAUCAAGGCGAACGGCAGGAAAGUUGUUGGUCUUGAACCGAACAGCUAUGAAGAGAAGGUAAAGAGUUCGUAUAUCUGGAAGGAUUUAAAAAGUGUCCGAAAUAUUCACCCAUCGUUCCUAAGUUCGUUGGGCAUGUGGGGCGGCAUGGCAUAUACCGGCAUGGUAUACAUGUUGCUGAGGGGAAGAGAGCCGUGGACGAUUAAUUACAGUGGUGCCGACUGCACAAAGUUGAAGCCGGCCGGCAAAUGCACUAAAAUACAGUACCUGAAGCCGGACGGCGUGAUAACAUUUGAUUUGCUCACCUCGGUGUCGCUGACGAACACCAACCACGAGGAGGAUCAGCCGCCGCACUUGACGCUUCUCAACGAUGAAGUACCUUACGACGUAAAUUACCCGACCUUCGACGGUCCUGAGGAACGCUACUGCCCUGCAGGGGUUUACGAGUACGUACCGACGGACGACGGUUUGUCGAAACGCUUUCUGAUCAACGCUCAAAACUGCAUCCAUUGUAAAACCUGUGACAUAAAGGACCCUACUCAGAACAUAAACUGGGUCACCCCUGAAGGCGGUGGUGGACCAAGCUACACGGGAAUGUAG